AUGAGUUCCAGCAAACUCUCAGUGUCCAGCGUGCGGGGCUCCAUCAAGGAACUCCUGGCCGAUGCCAAUGGCGAGAAGAAGAGGAACUUCGUCGAGACCAUUGAGCUCCAAAUCGGCUUGAAAAACUACGAUCCCCAGAGAGAUAAACGUUUCUCUGGAACUGUCAAGCUCCCCCAUGUCCCCCGUCCCCGCAUGUCCAUCUGCAUUCUCGCUGAUGCUGCCGACAUCGAUCGUGCUAAGCAGAUUGAGCUCGAAUACAUGUCCGUUGAUGACUUGAAGAAGCUGAACAAGAACAAGAAGCUCGUUAAGAAGCUCGCCAAGAAGUACGAUGCUUUCCUUGCUUCCGAAGCCCUCAUCAAGCAGAUCCCCCGUCUCCUUGGUCCCGGUCUCUCCAAGGCUGGAAAGUUCCCCACCCCUGUCUCCCACGCUGAGGAUCUUACCAACAAGCUCACUGAGGUUCGCUCCACCAUCAAGUUCCAGCUCAAGAAGGUUCUUUGCUUGGGUGUUGCUGUUGGCCACGUCCAGAUGAACGACGACCAGGUCCUCGGAAACGUCAUGCUCAGCAUCAACUUCCUCGUUUCGCUGCUCAAGAAGAACUGGCAGAACGUCAAGUCCCUUCACAUCAAGACCACCAUGGGCAAGCCCGUCCGCCUCUACUAA